UCUGUCUCUCUCUCUCUCUCUUUAUUUUUUCUCUCUUUUCAUAAUAAUCCGCCGCGCUCUGCUGGCUCUCGGGUGGGUUCACUUACCAUCUUCGUGAUGACAUCGUGGAUAUUUGCCCUAUCUAGGAGAUAGUCGACGGCCGGAUAGUUGGCCAUGGCUUUGUCUUUCUUUCUUUUCCCUGUAGAGUAGCUGAUGUCGAAAUAGUCCUUCUGCAGACUCCAAAACGUAAUUCUUUACGAUAUGUUUGUUCAUUUAGGGGCGGAACCUACGGCGAUUUUUAUAUGGAACAAGAUCUCACCUGGGACCUGGACCCUGACAUUUACGAUUAGUUAAAAUACCGGAAUGAUUAUCUCUCCGCGUUAAACCCGUGCGUGUGGAUAUUAAGUUCUUAACUUCUUUAAGUCCAGGGAAUGUUGGCAUCGUCCUUUUUUUUCGGAUUUGAAAGAGCUCGGAUUUAAGGGGGUUUGGCGCCGGAUUUUAGCGAGACUUGAAAAAAACGCAAUCCAAGCUCACAAAUUCUCUUUUUUUUUUUACACAAAUACUCGUGUUGUUAGGACUAUUAGGAGCUAUAAUAGAGGUUUGACAGGGUGGGUUGCUUUGAUGAUAGAGUUGCAUACAUUGUGCCAUCGUAAUUGGGCUGCGUGGGUCAAUUAGGGGUGUGAUGUACAUGUACAUAUCGCGCAAGCAUAAAUACUAUCAGAUGCCCAGGUCGUUUUGAGAAGUUUAAACAUCAGGCUAACCGGCAGCAGCACGAGAACCAUUGAGCCCAAUGACCCCGUCAUAGCCGUUGCAAAUUAAAGAAUAAGAGCACCAACAAGCGGGGAGUCUACCAGCUACUCGUGCGUACAGCGUCACCAUCCCCCUAGAACCUACAUCAUAGGUCUGAAAAACCCAUACAAAAAACAAUUUAUAUAUAUAUAUAUAUAUCAUAGACCAAAAAUCAAUAUAACAUGACAAUCCUCCUCCUCGGCGGACGCGGCAAAACCACCCGUCGCCUCGCCUCCAUCCUCUCCACCUGCGCCCCAGAGGUCCCUUUCCUUGUCGCAUCCCGCACCAGCUACCCAUCAAGCCCGUACAAACAUGUCAAGUUCGACUGGUUCGAUGAAUCCACCUGGGCACAGCCGUUUAAUGCGGUCUCGACAUCAGUAUCAGCAUCAGCAUCAGCAUCAGCAUCAGCAGUCAGGACCGAAUUCCAAUACAGUUCCAGCCCCAUCACGGGAGUAUACAUCGUCGGCCCGCCCAUUCUGGACAUGGUCCCACUGAUGAAAAGGUUCAUCGAUUUCGCAAGGGGGAGGGGGGUGAGAAGAUUUGUGCUGCUUAGUUCUAGCGUGCUUGAAAGGGGUGGGUUUGCGAUGGGGCAGGUGCAUGAUUAUUUGGCCGGUCUAGAGGAGAAUGGAGUAAAGGAGGCGGAGGCGGAGGCGGAGGGCGGAAUUGAGUGGGCAGCUCUGCGCCCGAGUUGGUUUAUGGAAAACUUCUCAGAAGGCCAACAUCUCCUAUCUAUCAAGGAGGAGAGCAAGAUCUAUUCCGCAACGGGGGAGGGGAGAGUCCCAUUCGUCUCCGCAGAGGACAUUGCACGAGUUGCGUUCCGCGCCUUAACGGAUGCCCGUCCGCAUAACACUGAACAUCUCAUCCUGGGCCCAGAGCUGUUGUCCUACGAUGACUUGGCAGAUAUCCUGUCUUCCGUGCUCGGUAGGACGAUCGCUCAUGUUAAGCUUUCUGAAGCUGAAUUGGCAGCCAGGAUGGAAUCAACUCUUGGGAUACCGCAGGAUUAUGCGCAGAUGUUGGCGGUUCUAGAGACAAAUAUUAAAAAUGGGGAGGAGGAUCGGAUGAAUGAUGAUGUUGAAAAAGUGACUGGGAAGGGCCCACGGAGGUUUAGGGACUUUUCUGAGGCGAGUUCAGGAUGCUGGGUAAAAGACUCCUGAGGACAUGUACAUGUAUCAAUCUGGGACGGCCACUUUAUGUAACUUCAUAUGUAUGGGGAUGGCUGCGCAAGUAACAAAACAUUAUAUGCGUUAUGCAGAGCAAAGAAGGUUAAUUCAACAAACCAGGGUUAGCUGGAGUUGUCCCUCGUUUAUCCACGGUCGAUUUGCUCCCAGGGUAGUUUUCUUUUAGUUUUUCCGCUGAUAUAUUUGGCUUUCCGCUAACUUAUUUGGCCCUAGUUGGUUCGUAGAUAUAGUUAAUGAUCAUUUCUCGGAGAUUCCGC